UACUAUAAUAACUUAUCAUGGCACGCAGUUUGAUUGCAGACCGUUUGAGAACUUCUGCACCCGAAACCGCAUCACUUGCAAGAUGGCAUCAGUUGCUUUCCUUCAAGCAAAUAGACAAGUGGAGUCGUCCAACAAACUAAUCUUGAGAGGCCUGAAAAGAAGGCUGAAGAAAGCAAAAGGAGGGUGGACCGCGGAGCUUCCCCAUGUACUAUGGGCGCACCGCAAAAAUUACAAACAAGCUACUGGAGAAACACCAUUCGCCCUGACAUAUGGUUCAGAAGCGGUCACACCAACAGAGAUGGUCCUGCCAUCGCUCCGCAUACAGACAUAUGAUCCUGAGGAUAAUCACAGAAAGCUGCUCCAUCAGCUAGACAUGGUCAAAAUGAGGAGAGACGCGGCGCUAGUCAAAACUGUGGAAGAAAAGCUGAAGGUGGCAAAGGCGUACAAUGCCAAGGUGAAGCCUAGACCACUGGAAGAAGGUGACUUGGUCCUAAAAAGGAACUUUGAACGUAAGGAAGGGCAUGGCAAGCUAACGGCCGCAUGGGAAGGACCAUUCCUUGUUGGGGAAAAGUUAGGACCAGCAACAUACGUGCUUGCCACAAUGGGAGGAAAGCCAAUGGCGAAGACCUGGAAUAUCAUUGACCUGAAGAAGUAUUUUGAAGAAUAGUUCAAAAGAGGGAAGAAGAGUCGUUGACCGCCAUGUCUUUUGAAGCUAUCAAUACGAUGAUAGCCUGUGACUAUAUUUUGGGGAGAAAUUCCACAUGUAAGGAUUACCACCUCCAAGUGGUGACCAAAAUUUUGGUUAAUGAAAACGCCACCGAACGUUCAUCUUCUCAACUCAUCCAAGUGUUAGACUCAAAAAUUGUUAUCACAAUCCCAAAACCGCCUCAGAGCGUCAUGCUACAAAGAGAACUUACAAUCGAAAAACGCUUCAGAGUGUUAGACACAAAAAUUGUGUUCACAAUCCCAAAACUGGCUCAGACCGUCAUGCUUCAAAGCAAACUUACAAUUGAAAAACGCUUCAGAGUGUUAGACACAAAAAUUGUGUUCACAAUUCCAAAACCGCCUUUGAGCGUUGAACCUUUAUUUGUGCAAACAAUAUAAGAACCACCUCAGAGCGUAAUAUUUUAAACUGUGUUUGCAAUUCGAAACCGCCUUAGAGCAUAAUAUUUUGAAUCGAGUUCACAAUUCAAAACCGCCUCGGAACGACGAGUUUCCAUAGCCUUUUGUCUAUAAAGAUGGUUCCAAGGGCGUGCCGACAACCGAAGAACCGCUCUCGAGUGUUAGCCAAAUUUCGGAACAAAAAUAUUAGCAUUAC